AUGCGUUCUGUCCCGAUUUUUGUCUGCCUACUAGGAAUCUCGCUUGCCACUGCACUCCGUAUUAUUCCACGCUCGCAAAAACCAGAUGUAACACCAGAAGGUUUUCUUAAAGCAGGCCCUGGUGGCAUUGAUGCGAUCGAAAUUACUCCAAAGAAUCUACUUGCUGGGACGUCAGGCAAUCCCAAAGCUCCUGUUUUGAAACACCGUGCUCCUGACUCUGCUUCCUUGGUGGUAAAACUGAUUAAUAACUUGGAUAGGGCGACUGUGAGAGCUUACAUAUCCGGUCUGGAUGCUACUGGUAAGGUUUUCUUUCUCUCCCCCAACGGUAAGCUUGUCUACCCCAAGUCAAAAGAGCCUCAUGUAUCAAGCGAGAUUACGGAAGACAUUGCCUUAUCCUUAGGCUCCAAGAAUCAGACUCUUGACGUAUCACUCCCUCCAUUUAUUCGCUCAGGUCGCGUCUACUUUGCAGACAGCGACCUCCGUUUCUUUGUUGUCAACAAUGGAGGAGGCGAUAGCGUUGUCCAACCUUCGGUCACCAAUCUACAAGAUCCCAAUGCAGACGUGAACUGGGGAUUUGUAGAAUUGACCUAUAUGAAUGGUUUAUUAUAUGCUAACAUCAGUUAUGUUGAUUUUGUCGGUAUAGUGCUUGGCAUGAUGCUCACUGAAAAGGAUGGUAGUACCCAGACCACUGCGGGGCUGGUAGCCGAUGCUGUUACCAAGAUUUGUAAUGACUUAAUGAAACUGAGAGAAACUGACCAUCGUGAUUGGGCAUCACUCUGUAUUGCGAACGCGGAGGGGAAGACUGUGCGUGUCCUCUCCCCGGGAAAUCGGCACGAGGUCGAAGCUCAACUGUUCAACGACUAUUGGGAUACCUAUGUAAACGAAGUAUGGAAGAAGUACGCAACACAAGACCUCGUCAUCGACACCCAGUCAAAUGCCAGCCAGGUCAAGUGUAGAGUUUCGGACAAUCAGCUCGUCUGCGAAGGAAGCGAUCGUGGCUUCGCCAAACCUACCAGUAAAGAUAUCUGGGGCUGUAACAGCGGCCCGUUUGCUAUCUCUGAAGGUGAUACAUCAAUCCAUGCAGCUAUAGUCCCCCGAAUCUGUGCCGCAUUUGUUCGAUCAACGCUUCUGCUCGAUGGAGGUGACAUCCAGCCGAGCUUAGGUCAGAGUUCCUACUAUACAGUCAAUCCUACUAAUCAUUACAGCCGCAUUGUUCAUUCUUAUGAGGUCGAUGGUAGAGGUUACGCCUUUCCUUAUGAUGACGUUAACCCUGAUGGCAAUGAGGAUGCGUCUGGGGUUGUGAGUUCGAAUAGCGUCCAGUCUUUAGCCAUCUAUGUUGGCGCGCCACCUUCACUUGGCUAA